CCCCGGUGUGGGGGUACAGACCCGGAACCAGCUUUUUCCACCUUCCCAGAUUUGGGGUCUCGGGGUCGUCCCCAUCUCCCUGCGCCGAGAGCCUCGGUAAUGUCUGGCCCCCGUUUCUUCUCGUUCCGCAGUGUGGGGCUUUGGUUUUCUCAGUGUGUCGAUGAUUAACGUGGCCUCCCUGCUCGGAGUCUUCAUCGUACCGUGUACCGAGAAGGCCUUUUUCAGCCGGGUCCUCACGUUUUUCAUCGCGCUCUCCAUCGGCACGCUGCUCUCUAACGCGCUCUUCCAGCUCAUCCCAGAGGUGCGGUAGAAAGUCCCUGCCUCUCUCCCGUCUCCGAGGGCAGCUCUCCGGGCACCCUCUUUGCCUCCACCUUGCCGAAUCGAACCGAUCCCUCCGUCACCCGAGGCUGAGGGCUUGUCUCAGGGGCUCUGCAGGGCUUUUCUCACCUCUCUGAGCACCAGGAAACCAUCUGGAGUGGGGAGGCUGCGUCCUCCAGCCCUGCUGGGUCGUGGUCUGAGGUCUGGGAAGGUGCUGGGAGAAGCUGUUUGCUUCUGCCCCGUGGGGCAGUUUAUCCCUGGGAGGGAUGUGCUCAGCCCUGCUUCGUGCAGAGCUGCCCAGCCCUGAGGCUGCUGAGAUGGAAAGGACCUGAGGGGUGGAGGAAAUAUCGGUGUAAGGGCACAGAGAACAGCCCGGAGGAGCACCAGCUCCCUCUCGAGUCAACCAACUUUUACAAGUGUUAUAAUUGCCUUUUACCCCCCCAUCCCCUGAUUUACAAGACUGAUGUUCCCGCAAAGGUUUAGGCUUACGUGAGGUUUCCUGGUGCUCUGAUGGGACCGACAGAUACAUCGCAAAUUAAUUGUGUUGUAAUUGCACAGUUCCGGAGUUGGAUAAAUAAAUACACAGACUGGACACGUUUGGAACACGUGUGCUUCCUCGGGCAGGCCGGGUGGCUUUGCUGAGCCCUUGUGGCUCCUGGGUAGAUGAGCUGGAUCUGAGCUCCUGCACAUCCAGCCUUAAAAUUCUGCAUUUAAGGUGCAACCUUCCCCCUGAGCAGAGCAUCCUUUGCUGCCGCUGGGUUUUGCCCCCCUGGCAUUGCCCACUGCUCUUUGCUCUCAUCUGUGUUGGUGGGGGGAAGUUUUUUCCAGGCUCCUUUUCAACUCCAGAACUGUAACAUUUAUUUAUUAAAAAAAAAAAAACAAAACCAAACAACAAAACAAACAAACCAAAGCGCCUGUAUUUCCUGAUCUGCCAGGACCUGAAAUGCCCUACGUACGCUCCACCCUCGCUGUCAGAUGGAGCAUCCCAGCGGGCUGAGGAUGGAGCAUACUGGGUGCUCAGGGGACCCUCGAUGCUCUGUGGCACUGGAACAGCCACCCGAUGUCCUGUGGGGGGCUCAGGGAGCAGAGCUGGGGUGCUGGCUCUGAAACAGCCUGGCUGCCAAAACUCAGCUCCAGCCCAACACUAAAAAAAAAAAGCAGCUUGCUCCAAGGGAGGUCGUUUGGUGCGAGCGAGCUUCGACCUUCCCCAGAUUGCUGUUUCCAAAGCCACUCAGCACCGGGUUCGCCCCUCUUGAACCAAUGCCUGAUGAACGAGCAAUCACUAAUGAAUGUCCUCUUCUCUCUCCCCCUCUCCCUCCCUCCCUCCUCUCUCUUUCCUUUCGGCGUGGAUUCCUUCCCCUGCCUCCCCUCGUUGAUCUCCUUUCCCUCCCUUCUCGUCCGAUUUCCCCCCGGGGUGGGUUUGGCACGCACGCCGCAGUCUGGGGUUACGGUUUCCUCUGCGUGACCGUCAUCUCCCUCUGCUCGCUGGUGGGAGCCAGCGUGGUGCCCUUCAUGAAGAAGACCUUUUACAAGCGGCUGCUCCUCUACUUCAUAGCUCUGGCGAUUGGAACUCUCUACUCCAACGCCCUCUUCCAGCUCAUUCCCGAGGCAUUUGGAUUCAACCCUCAAGAAGAUUAUUAUGUUUCCAAAUCUGCCGUGGUGUUUGGGGGCUUCUACCUCUUCUUCUUCACGGAGAAGGUCCUGAAGAUGCUCCUGAAGCAGAAGGACCAGGUAAGGCUGAGCAAAGGGGCUGCUUGGGUGGGAAACGGCAGAAAUGGGAGUGGGGGGGUGAUGCCCCUGAAUCCCCCUCCCCUGUCACAGAAUCACAGAAUCAUUCCCCUUCCCUCCUCCUCAUCCUCUUCUCCUGCAGGGGAUUUUGUCAUCCUGCUGAACGCCGGCAUGACCAUCCGCCAAGCGCUUUUCUUCAACUUCAUCUCUGCCUGUUGCUGCUACGUGGGCUUGGCCUUUGGCAUCGUGGCCGGUAGCCACUUCUCUGCCAACUGGAUCUUCGCUCUGGCCGGGGGGAUGUUUCUGUACAUAGCACUGGCUGACAUGUUCCCUGAAAUGAAUGAGGUGAGCCGGGAGGACGAGCAGAACGGCAGCACGCUGAUCACCUUCGCCAUCCAGAACGCGGGGCUGCUGACGGGGUUCACCAUCAUGGUGCUGCUCACCAUGUACUCUGGCCAGAUCCAGAUCGGGUAGGACCAGCCCGACUCACAGCUCUCUUCCAGUUUUUUUUCCAUUUUUUGUUGGGGUUUUUUUUGUUUUUUUUUUUGGGGGGGGUGGGGAAGGUUUUUUGUUUUGUUUUUUUCCAUUUCUUUUCCUGCUGCAAGAAUAUGACGGUACCUGUGCGGGCACUGACAUCACACUACAGAAGAAAAGGCAUUGCUUUUAAAGCUAUUCCACAGACUUAAUUUUAUUUUGGUUUAAGGCUGAGGGGAGCUUAAUCCCCUUGGCUGUAGGACCGAACUGACUGGAGGAUCUCUUUCCAGUGUCAUAUCCCUUCUCUCCUCAUGUCUCCUGGGAAGGAUGGAGUUGGGAGACAGGAGCUCCUCUAGCCGUGUUGCUCCCUUCCUUGUGCUCGCAGCGAUGGGACGUGACGCUCUCCUGACCCCUCUGCGGGGGGUGCAUGAUGGGGACAGACAGGGACAGACCCUUUUUUUGGGGAGUUACUUACCAGCCAGCCCUUGGAGUUGUGCUCCCCAAGCACAGAGGGGCUGCCGAGGAAGAGGAGGCUGGAGGAGGAGCACGGCUCACGAUUUCAGCACCAUCCUUGCUGUCUUCAGAAGAAUGUUUCUGGAGCCACAUCUGGUUUUGCUCCUGUUCUGCCUCAGCAGCCCAGAACGAUGCCCUGGGAAGAGCAGGGUGAAGAGAGUUUGUUGGCUUUUUGGGUUUUUUUUUCCUUUUUUUUUUUUUAAUUUAAAAAAGCACAUUCUGGGCGUCAGCGCUCGGAGCAGAGGACACCCAACUGCACCUCGUGCGGGUCGGACUGACACAAGGGCUGCUCGGAGAAGGCCAGCAGGAUGCUCUUCCCUCCCUUAGGUCUCUGCUGCUGUAUGGGGGGUGCAAACCCGCCCCCCCCCUUCUCCUCCUGUGAGGGCAGCCGUGUGGCCACACUGGUGAGAAGGGCACGAGAGCAGUGUGGGGACAGCGAGUUCCUGCCCACCACGGGCUGGCCGACCAGCAGCUCGGUCCUUAGACCAAGCUCACGCCAACACCUGGGAACAGACACCGGUUUUUAAAACACUGACACUGCUGAAUUGCUGAGGUUUGGGGGGUGUGUGGGGGUGUUUUUAAAGGAAAAAAAAAAAGACUGUGAACCUCUUUAGGUUGUGCUUUUCCAGCCUUAGGGAGUAGCCAGGGAAGGGUGUUACUUCAGAGCUCUGCUUCUGGGCUGGUUUUCCCCAGAUUCACUAGGUGAAUUGACUUAUUAUCAUAUUGAUAACGUUGCCCGCCCCACCCGUGUUGUUCGAGGUUCCCUUCUCUCCCUCCCCAAACCUCACCCCGCACCUGGUAGCGGCGAGUUUGCGGCCACGCUGACGAGUGGGAGCCGAGGGAGGCAGUUUACCCUGGUGGGUCAGGAGGGCAGACGCCUUCCAGACGUGCUUUGGUGGAUGUGCCAGGGCUGGCUCAUCACUGAGCGUCGCCUGUGCGGGUGGCCGUGGGGGUCACCCUGCCACCUUGGCUCGGUGCUACUCGGCUGAGGCUCCCCACGCCUUCCCUUCCACCCCGGCUUGGAAAGCCAAGCGGAGGAGGGUGCUUGGGGUAUUUUUCCUGUCCAACGUGGCAGCGACAAGGCGCCUUCAGCCCUUAGCACAGCCUCAGCACCAUCCGGUAGCGCUGCACCUUGGUUUGAUCACUGGCUGCUGUUACCUCACUGUAGUUCCUAAUUUGCCUUAGGUACCAGCUGGAUGAUGUCCCUCUUAGGCUCCUAACAGUUGUCACUGAGUCCCUAGGUCUCUGCCUGUGGAGAAGUGGCACUGCCAGUAUCCUCGUGGAUUGGCACCUCUGCUCUCGGUGGCUUUGGCUAGGCCAGGCAUUGACUUUGUCCCCUUGGCACCCAGGAGGCUGUUGGCUUUGUCCCGUACCCAGGUUUAAAAAAAAAAUAAAAUUGGCAUGUCGAGGAGCAGGGAGCCUUCUUGGGAGCACUCUUCAACCCAGAGGUACCACACGGUCCUCGGGCCGCUCGGUUGAUGCCUUCAAGGAGAGAUGGGCUCUGCUUUGUCCCGUGCAGUGUCUCGCGUUCGUGUGGACGGUCAUCGUUCAGUCACUCUUCCCUCUGCGGCUGGUCCGUGGGAGAGAGCCACCUUGAAGCAGCGUGGUCUGUCCUGGCUCGGGCGCCCAGCCGCCUCUGCAGCACCUCACGGUCGUUACCCGUGCUGCUAAUUGUUCAGUAGUUGGAAGGAAAGUGCUAUUGGAAACUCCCUUUCCCUGCUUGAGCGAGCCGCAGCCCCGUCUGGCGGACUCGAUGUGGAAAAACUGAGUCCUCUGAAUGGUAUAGGUGCCCUCUCUUCUCUCUCAAGGAAGUAUUUUGGAAAACUCCGUAUCGCUGGCGGCUUUCCGCAGGGCAGAGGGCAGGGUCGGCGCUGCCAGGGCGCAGCUGUGGCUGCCAGGAGUGGUUCAGCAGAUGGAAAAACCUCCGCGUUGGAGGCGAAAGGGGGGAAAUCUUAUGCUCUGUUCUUUGGGGACCGUGAGGCGCUUUGCAGACUGUGCCUGGGGGGUCCUCUGCGUCCCUGAGAGCUGGAAACGAGGCAAGAACUGACAUCUGGCUUCCUUGGAGCCGGUACGGGCCCUCAGCACACGCAGUGGGGAUCAUGAGUCUGUUGUCUUCUCGUUUCGAGUUUAACCCCAUUUCUUGCUGAGUUGGCUUUGAGAAAUCUGCAACCCAGAGAUUAUGGGGGGGGUGAAACCCCUUGGAGAAACAAGGCUCCUCGUAGAGAUGGACCCUCCCUCCGCCAAAGGACGGGUGGGAGAGAGCUCCUGUCCCUGGCUCGGGCAGGCUGGUACCCGCCGUCGGGGAAGGGAUGGGGCAGGCAGGAGGAUGAGGAGGGAAAGCAACCCAAAUCGAGUUUGUUAUGGAUUUUCAUCCGUGUUUCCCUUCCUGUGUCCGGUUCGAAGCUCAAGUUUCAUCUCAGUAUUUCAAUAACUCAGGUGUUGUAAGAGAUACGCGUUGAAACAAAGAACAUAACUUAUGUCAUGUGAAUUGUAAAGUUAUUUGUAAAAUUCCAUAAAUAAAAUAUAUUCUGUAA